UGGAAUCAUAUCUUAUCCCUAAACUAUAUCAAAUAAAAUAUUGGAAUAACAAAAUCAAGGAGAAAUGAUUCAGAUGAAUACCAUAAAAACAAUAUUCAACACCCUUCUUUUGAUGUCAACACUUUCCAAAGUCAAUGGAACUGUUCGACAAUUCCACUUACAUUUGUACGGUGAGGUUUCCGAGGAAUACGGUCCCCAUAUACUGUGCCAGAUUCCCAAUGUUUCAAAGAGCGUCUGUGCUUCCAUGUGUCUAGAAAACGCCAAAUGCCACGCGGUGGAAAUCUGUAACCACGGAGUCUCAAGGUGUCGCAUAACAACGGGACAACAUUCGUCCCCGAUGUCCAACAGCUCCAGGUCAACAUGUCAGCUCUAUCGUCUGGGCAAUCCUUGCAGGGAAGGCUAUUGGGAUAGGCUACAGAACACAUGUACUCAAAACAUUACACAGACCCUCCCCCCAAACACGUGCGCAGACUGUCACUGCCUACUGGGUCUGCUGGACAUUGUGACCAAUGGGGAGAUCAGAUUCACCCUGUCUGGGGGCAAGACCCUGGUUUGUGUUGUUGAGGUGGCAGUUCUUGGACUUGAUAUAUACAAAUGGACUGUGAUUCAGAGACGACGCUCCGGUGGAUCUGUUGACUUUGAUCGGGAAUGGAACGAAUACAAAGAAGGAUUUGGCUCUACAACAUCCGAUUUCUGGAUUGGCAAUGACUUCAUACACCAGUUGACCAACAUUACCGGAAACCACCAUUUGCAGAUAAGAAUGACAAAAAACAACGGACAAAAGCUGACUGUCGAGUACCUGUUUUACAUAGAGUCCGAGAACGGCGGUUACAGACUGCAUGCUGCCAGCUUAGAUGGAAGCCAAAACCUAGGUGACCCAUUUUUAUCCACGUGUCAAGAGUGUGCUAACUUGAUGAAAUUCAGCACGAAGGACGUUGACAAUGAUAAUGACACUAUCAGGAACUGCGCAAGCGUCAGUAAAGGAGGCUGGUGGCACAACUCGUGUCAAAAGUCAAAUUUAAAUGGAGAGUUCGGUCAGGUUAACUACACGCUUGGAAUAAAUUGGAACAAGUUCACAGACCUCAGCUACGUGGAAAUGAGGGUCAGAAGACCGUAACAAUUUGUCAGUUUGACCAACUGAACCAAUGAAAACGUUCCUUCCGUCUUUAAGGAGGCUGGAUUGUCAACCAUCGCAUCUGCAUACAAUUUUAAGAUAUGAUUUGUUUAGCUAUAGUAAAGAAAAGAUCUAUAUAUUUAACCUUAAUUUGGGUACUGUAAACGUAUUACAUUCGGCUGUGUAUUCUAUUUAGCGCUUUUGGCGAAAUACGGCUUCCGCUAAAUCAAGUACAUCGCUAAAUGCCAGCAUAUAUGUAUAAGAAUAGGCACAUUCAGGAAUACACUAAUUCAGAUCUACGCCAACUUGUUCAAAUACUUAUAUCCGCCAAAUAUCGUACACAGUCUAAAAAUGGCAACGACCAUCUCUCAAAAUUUCACUAAUAUGCGAAUGUAUUUGUAACCUAGUAUGCUGUUUCUAUAUUUCAUUGGUUAUUAAUGCAUGAUACGGGAUUAUGUAAUGUAGGUUAGUGGGUUGUUCCAAUUGCACAAAGGCUGCUACAGGCCUGAAAAAUGUGCAAGGUGUCUUAAAAGAGAGUUUGUUGAUAAACUGACGAUGCAGGAAUUGGUUGAAUGUUAAAACUCUUAACGUAACAAUUUGUGUCAGAAAAACGGAUUUUUAUAUUAGUAUAAUAACAAUAAUGCCAAAACAAUGAUUGUUCAAUGAUA